UGCAGCUAGCGUCUGUCCAGGACAAACAGCGUGAGAGCUCCGUGCUCUGACUGCUCGUUACCUCUCCUAGCCGCAGAAGGAGUUACUCUUUCCGCUUCAAACAUGCCAGACACCGUACAAGGAAAACAACCAAACUUCAUACAGAAAUUUGGACAUACAACUCUACAAGAAGGAGAAGAUUUAAUCCUGCAUUGCACUAUACAUGGAAUACCCAGACCAAAUGUUGUUUGGACUAAAGAUAAUAUCAGACUGGUAGCUGGAAACAUCAGUACUGAAAAAUUAGGUGACUCCUAUUACCUUUUAAAAAGAAAUGUAGUCCUUGCUGAUACUGGGAAAUAUAUUUGUGUUGCCAGCAAUGAAGUUGGGGAAGCAUACUGUUCAGCUUUCAUAAGAGUUACAGAGAAAAAUGAAAAACCAGAAAUUUCCACUGAAACUGAGAUAAAAUCAAAACAGGAACAAGGAUAUUUUUUAGAAAAAAUGACUGUCCCUACAACUGAAGUGGGACGAGAUCAGGAUGCAUAUUGUAUGAAAGGUCAAAGGCCAAUGGCUAACCAUCUGUCAGUGAGGUUAAAACAUAAACACUGGCUGCAGAGUGCCUAUUUUUCACAUGCGGAGUCGCAAGAAGUUAACAUUAGGUUGAAGCAUGAUCCCAUACUUCUCUUGGCUACUCCAGAGGAUAUUAUAGGGGAAAUCUAAUUAAGAAGAUGGGUUGAACUUCAGGAUGCCCAAUUUAUGAGUGGACUAAUUGCUUGCUGUGAAUCUUCAUGGAGAUUUGACAUUGUGAGGGGGGGAAGGAACUGUCUGAGUGUUGCCUAAUUAAUACCUAAGAACAUGCUAAUAAAUAGAAUUUGUAAUUUGUUUCUCUAUAUUUCAUUAAUAAAGUCACAUGCAUAGCAGAAUCUACUUGAUGUAAAUGUUGUGGUUUCGACUACUUGUUUUA